UUGAACUCAGGACCUCUGGAAGAGCAGACAGUGCCCUUAACCUCUGAACCAUCUCUCCAGGCCCAAAGGAGUCCAUUUUUAAUGUUAACAUGACAUUACGUAAUAGGCCAUCAGUCUUGGCUUUUAGUAUGUUGCAGUGUUAAGACAAUGAAUGAAGAAAAACAUGGCAAGUCUUUGCUGACCUGGAGGGGUUUCCUGAGGAUCAUGUUUUGCCGACCAACAGCUGAGAAAUCAUUGAAUUUCUCCUGUAGCCCUCCCAAGACAAUCACUCACAAAUGUGAUUCACUGAGGCCAAUGUGUUGUUCGUGGUUUUAUUUCCAUCUGGGGCCAUUCACUAAAGAAGCUAACCCAAGAGCGUUAGUUGAUCUGGUAUCAGAGUUCAGGCUUAUUUUCUGGGAAGUAGGCACGCUACCAUUGACAUUAUCAGAUUAUCUAACGAGGUAAGUACCUACCCAAACCCACACUAAUGUGUGCCCACAUGUUUCAUCACAGAAUGUGUCACUAAGCUCUUCAAAGACACCUGCUUUCAAGGAGGUGAUAUAAGUACUGUUUUCACACCGAGUGCCAAGUACUGCCAACUGGUCUGCACCCACCACCCACGGUGUUUGCUCUUCACAUUCAUGGCUGAGUCAACUUCGGAUGAUCCUACUAAAUGAACAGGUUUGCCUGCAUCCUGAAGGACAGUGUCACAGAAACGCUGCCAAUGGUGAAUACGACAGGAGCAGUUUCUGGAUAUUCCUUCAAGCAAUGCCCUCAUCAAUUAAGUGCUUGCAGCAAAGAUGUGUAUGUGGACCUAGACAUGAAGGGCAUGAACUAUAACAGUUCUGUUGUGAAGGAUGCUCGGGAAUGCCAAGAGAGAUGCACAAGUGACGCCCACUGCCACUUUUUCACAUACGCAACAGGGCGUUUUCCCAGUGUGGCGCAUCGUAAAACUUGUCUUUUGAAGUACACUCAAAUGGGGACACCAACCAGAAUAACAAAGCUCGGUCAUGUGGUAUCCGGAUUUUCCCUGAAGUCCUGUGGACUUUCUAACUUGGCUUGCAUCAGGGACGUUUUCCCUAACACGGUGCUUGCAGACCCCAACAUUGACAGCGUGCUGGCCCCAGACGCUUUUGUCUGUCGGCGGAUUUGUACCCAUCACCCCAGUUGUCUGUUUUUUACAUUCUUUUCCAAAGAAUGGCCAAAAGAAUCUCAAAGACAUCUUUGCCUCCUUAAGACAUCUGAAAGUGGAUUACCAAGCUCACGCAUUGCAAAGAGCAACGCCCUUUCUGGCUUCAGUCUCCAGCAUUGCAGGCAUAGCACCCCAGUAUUCUGUCAUCCGUCCUUUUACAAUGACACCGAUUUCUUGGGAGAAGAAUUGGACAUCGUUGAUGUGAAAGGCCAUGAAACCUGCCAGAAAAUGUGCACCAACUCCGUCCGCUGCCAGUUCUUUACCUAUUCCCCGUCUCGAGGGUCUUGCAAUGAAGGGAAGUAA